AUGGAUGAUCCAUUUGCCGUUCUACGGAUUCCUUCUUUUACGGUGCGCAAGGAAUCUGAUCUACCCAAGUUGAAGGAGAGGGCUAAGAACUUAGUGAAGCAGUAUGAGAAAGUCAACAAGUUUGACAAAGCCCGUGAAGUUGAAGUGGCUUACAGAAGUGUGAAGGAAAUGGUCAUCAAGAGAGCCAACUGCGCCGGGUCAAAAGCCUUCAACAAAGUGAUGGUGAAUCGGCCUGCAAAGUCGUCCUCCGAAAAGGUGCCGGAGAAGUCCGGGGAAAAGUCCGGUCCCAAAAACCCUGCCGAGGUUCAUUUUCUGAAAGCUCAGGGUGCCAGGGGCACAGCGAGCGCAGGCACAGCCGCGGCUAGCGAAAAGCCGGUGCCUGCCCCAUCGCAACCCUGCAAGAGCCGCGAGGAGCGGCUGAAAGAAAAGCUGGAAGCUAGAAGAGCCGCUGCCAGCGAGAAAGACAAGAGAGCAGCUGCCAUUAAAGAGAAGCUGGCGGCAAAACGUGCCAAGAAGAAUGGAGACGCACUCCCAAGUGCAAGCUCUCCGGUUGAGUCAAUGCCAUCCCUUGAAAACAUGGCUAGUCCCGACAGCUCUGGUGUGGAAGCCGAUGCCGACCAUCGGAAGGAGGCUGGAGCGGGUACUGAUGAGCACAGUCACAAUGCAAGUCCCGACCAGAAUCCUCAUCCUCAAGGUCCUGACGGUGAUGACGGUCCCAACAUGCCUGAAGAAGACAUGGCGGGCGGCUACCUUUGGAGAGCAGCUGGCCUAGUUCUUGCAACUUUGUACCCGGACUGGGACUUCAUCAGAAAUGCAUGCUUUCACCUACCACCUGCACACGGGGCUAAGACCUUGAGAUUUCAAGAGUCACCGUGGAGGUCUGAAGCACCGGUGACGGCGCCAAGCGAGAUGCAGGUCACAGGUCAGCUGGGCGCAGUCAUGAGCGAGUCCAGCAGCAUCUCUCUCACGUACGCGCGCAUGUUCAUCCGGGAGCUGGACCCUCAGAAAUCAUUUCUCGACCAGGCCCAAAUACAUUUGAACGUCCCAGAAGGUGCCACCCCCAAGGAUGGCCCGUCAGCUGGGGUGACGAUGGCUGUGGCGUUGGUGAGCUUGGCACUGGAAGUUCCUGUGAGGCCAGAUGUGGCCAUGACUGGAGAGCUGAGCUUGAUGGGAAAGGUCUUGAAGGUGGGUGGCAUCCAAGAAAAGAUCAUCACUUGCUCAUUGCCAUGCUUGAUGCAAGAUCAGGGCUUUGUGGAUGCAUGGACCAACACCGACAUCGGACGUGUCAUUGGCUUUGCUUCCCUAGCUGCAGCCAUCGGUUAUGGGGUCCACGGUCCAUGCAUUGACCGAUGGGGUGCAGUCUUUGGCCUCAGUAUGGCCUUGGGAGGAUGCUGCUUGGGCGCCGCACUGCUAGCCACUUCAACCACACAGGCACGAUUCAUCGCUGGUGCUUCAGUGCUGCGUUUCAGCUAUGCAGCUGGCUGGCCUGCCGAGAUGAAGGCCUUAAAGCUCUUGGUGCCCGAGGAGCACCAACCGAUGGCUGUCUCGACCUUGGGCUUUGCAUCACGUGGGGGCGCAAUUCUUGGGAUGUGUUUCUUUGGCAUUUUGACACAGAACCACAUUCUCACAUGGCGAGAGAUCGCUGUCCAAGCCGCCUUCUUGCUGCUCAUCAUCGGGAGUGGAAUUGUAGUCAGCAUUCGGCAGCUUAUCAAGGCAGCUCCUUCUUCAAAGAGCACUGGACAUCAAAAAUCAAUAGGAAGCCUGCUUCAGGAGCCUUCGGUGUGGCUGCUGACCUUUGCAUUUGCAUGCCUCUGUCACGUUCAGCAUGCCGAUGACUUUAUGCCUUUGCUCUUUCGGGGACUGACUGGGUCAACCCACAGUGUGACCUUCUCAGCUGUCUACCCCGGCGGUGGCAUCGCAGCAAUGGUGUUGAAUGCCUGGAAGGGGCACUUGUUAUCGCGCCGCCGGCGAGAGCAACUCUAUGUCAUCGCUUCAGCGGCUUCUGCCACCCUCUUAGGGCUUUUGCUUCUGCUUCACCGAGCUGCAGCAGAGCCGGGGGAGUCCACAUCACCUCUGAUGACCUGGCUCAUUGCUUUGAUCCUGUUUGUGGCAGCUUUUUGCUGCGCAAUGCCUUACUACUUGGUCCCAAAUUUGUUUGCCUUUGAUCUCAUGGGCACAGAGUGUGCAACCUUGAUAGCAUGGUUUGAGCUGACAUCCUUUUGCACCAAGAUGCCUGCCCACAUGCUUUCUCUCCGAAUGGCAGAGGAGAGUUGGGACCUAGUUCUGCUACAGCUGACGGUGACCAUGUUCUUUGCGGCCGCACUGAUCCAAGCAUUGCUCCCCCUGUGGCGAAGCUUGCAGUCACAUCGCCGCCAUGGAGGCAUCUCGCCCCUCACCAACUCGCCACCUCUUCAAGCAGGAUCCCCGACCAAGCCCAAGAAGCUUGUCUCAGAGAUCAAUCUCGAGCCAGCAGUUGAUGAUGAUCAUGUGGGGCACUACUACAGGCACGAAGAAGUGAAGCGCCGAGGUCUGGGAGCCGAAUCCACGGCCGUGCAGGGUGCUGACGGUCUUCUUCGAGAGACGGCGAUGGACCGAACACCCACGUGGAAGAGUGCGACGGUCACUGGCAUGUUCCCAGCUGAUGUUGACAUUCAGAAGAUCGUGGCCGUGGUGCAGAAAUGCUUUGAUUUCGAUGAGCCACCAUUGUGGAGAAUUACCAGAGUUCAAGAUGCUUGUGGUGCGAUGUCAGAGGGCCGUCGCGUGCUGCGCUUGGAAGGUGGUGCAGCCUUUGGACUCGGAGAUCAUCCAACCACGCAGGGCGCGGUGGAAUUCCUGGAGAAGGAUCGAGUUGAUCGAGUUUUAGACUACGGAACUGGCUCUGGUGUGCUGGCGAUUUGUGCUGUGCACCUGGGCGCCUCCACUGUGGUGGGUGUCGAUGUCGAUGAAGGGUCGAUAGCAGCCCGCUUGCGAUUCAGCUGGAGUUUGCGGCUCACUUGGUCCAAGACUACGGGCUAUUUCAGGUUGUUGAUGGAUACGUUCUAUGCCGACAUUGAUCAGACGGUCUUCGAGAUUUCUUCAGACGAGGAGGAGGCACCUGCUAUCAUCGAUGGCUCGGGAUAUGCAUGCCUUUUGGGGCAGCCUAAUUGUUUGUCUGAACGUCGCAUGGGCAAUCCAGGAAUACAGCUGCGCCACAUUGCGCAAUGCUCAGCCCCGGGAGUUGAGUCUUAUAGCGACUUGCAGAGCACCGAUCUGGAUAAGCCAUUGGUGGGACUUGCUCCAGCCCUGGCACGCAGCUGCGAAAAUGGAGGGCGACUGGCCUUGACAGGGCUGCGGGUUGACUUGGGCGAUGGUGAAGCCGUUUCUGGACAGCAGGCAUUCAGCCCCGCAUUCCACAGCUUUGUGAACGUCGACUUGCCUGGCGGCUGGCUUCUUGUGGAAGCAGAACGUGCGGCCGAAAAGGGCGGGGAGUGUAUUUACGAGCUGGCCUCACUGCUCACUUUGUCGAUCAUUUCGACGAUGUAUAUAGAUAUGCCUUCGAAGGCACAGAGGCGCCGCCGUUGCCGUUUCAGCCCAGGGGUCUACCCGUGUGGCUCUUAUGAAGUCCUGGCCGUGGCGGCCGUGGCGGCCGUGGCACGGCAUUUCAUGACCGAGGCCAAGACCGUGGUGACACCGGCUGAUGCCAUGACCUGCCGCAUUUGCUUGGAAUCUGACACAUCAGAGGGGGAUGAGCUUCUAGCCCCAUGCUUGUGCUGCGGCAGUGCCAAGUCUGGGCCUGAUGUUUCCGACCGCCGCACCGCCGUUUCAGCACUGACGCUGUGCACCGAGGCGAUGUUCCCAAGUUUGAGCUUGCCCUUGGAACUGCUUUGGCGGCCGAAUCUGCAACAAGAAGAGGCGCUCUAUGCCGCACAGCGCGAAGCUAUUCGAAUGCAAGAGCCGCUGACCCAGCCGAUUGGCCUUGAGAAAAAGCCGCAACUCGGCCACAAUCCGUCACGAUGCCUUGGCCGCUUGGCCUUGGCAGUCUGA